AGUCAUUGUUGAGUUUUUGCCUAAGCCAGAAUGAGGAUCGGUGUGCAGAAAUUACUAAUUUUGUUGGCAGCCACUGUCACGAUGGUUGAGUGUAGAAAAAGCCGAGCCAAGGAUAAUCGAUAUUGCACCUCAAAGUAUUGCAAAGCCGACAAUAUAGCGUGCCAUAACAACGGAACCCUCAGCCACGAUUGCCAUCACAGCUCAAAGUUCAUAGAAAUGAAACCGUACAAAAAAGCGCUUGACAGCAUGUUUAAUACGGUGCGAAAUAAGGUGGCCAGAGGUGGUUAUCGAAAUCUACCAGUGGCCGGUCGCAUGGCCCGCAUGGUGUGGUCCGAGGAGUUGGCCUGGUUUGCCAAGCUGCAGUUAACCCAUUGCCGUUUACGCUUUCAGCAAUGCAUGAAUUCUCCAUACUUUUAUUAUAUUGGCAGUAUGGGCGAUGAGGUGAUCAGACCCUUGGGCCAAUUGGUAAUACCCGAAUUAUCCCACAUGAAGUCCAUGGUGGAGUCGUGGCACAGUCAGGUGACUGGCAUACCGCGUUCCGAUACACUCCGUUUGCCCAGUUCCUAUGCGAAAGUUAAUACCUUCCGCAGCACAUUGCUGAUCAAUGAGAAGAAUUCCCAUUUUGGUUGUGCUGCCAUAACGUUUCAGUACACGGGCUACAAAUAUUUUUUAUUCUGCUGCUCCUUUGCCACCAUGAAUAUACCCGAACGACCCAUCUACAAGUGGAGCUUAAGGCCCGGACAGGACUGCUACAGACUGGAUAAACAGUACAAGAAUCUAUGUGCUGAGGGAGAGCGUUAUGGCAAUGAUGUGCCCGUUAAAAAUCUAUCAUUACAUAUAGAACCCAUUGAUACAAUGUGAAAAUUAAACAC